ACAUGCGCAAUGACGUCCCUCACAUAGAAACAGCUUAUUCCUAUACGUUUGACUGUUUGCGUUGUGACUCGAGUCGCAGUAUCUGAUUCCUGAUACAAAUGGUGCUUUUAUACUGGGAACUAUGGCAGAAUAUUAAUUGAACAAGGACACACAUUUAUCAGAACUGUUUGAAAAUAACAGAUUCAAAACCAUUUGGCUCCUUGAGAAUGUGAUAUUUAUUUAUAUUUAAGCUGCUAUAUUAUUUUUAUAUUGAAUUGAGCUGUUCGGGGCUGAAAGCUCAAGGUAACUUAUGUAAUUAGCGGCCACUUGGUUUUGAAAAAGUGCAUCAAACAGUCAAAUUCGUUUCAAGAAGAAGACACUGCCAAUUAUUUAUUUCGGUUUAAAGAUCUUAUUUUUACGCGACUUUUAACUAAAGUUUUAUGAAUUGAACUUUUUAAAAAAAUAAAUUUGGGCUAAAGUCGUCAACUCGUCUCUUAGAAUAUAUAAUUGUGUUUUUGUUUUACCAGGUUUAAGUCUUCAUUUAUCCGUCGAUUGGGGGUAAGCGUCACCCGAAUAACGCGCGUCACGUUUUUGAACAUCAUCAGCUUUGCAUAUUCCAUGUUUUUCAAUAUCAAGCAUUUUCAUGCCUAACCAUGUACGUUUCAUUACCACUCAUUCACUCAUUGCUUAAUCAUUGCUUCAUCGUUCUUGUAUCACAGAUGUCUGAAGAAAAAACAAAGAAGAAGUUUUCCAAGAAGCAGCUGCGUGCUGGACAGGGAUUCGUCCAUCAGUGGGCCAACACUAACCAAUAUGCUUCCCAGAGUGGCAUGUCGCCAUUCGGGUCCGUCCGUCACGGCCGAGACAUUGUCGCUGAUGACGCUGAUGCGCGCGGUCAGGGCGUCUUGACCAAGGUGGCCGCCACUCACAUCUAUGCCUCACAGAAGGGAAUGUCUGCCUUUGGCUCCGUGCGCCACGGCAAAGACAUAAAAGCCGAUGACCUUGACCAGCAAGGAAAUGGCGCUCUAAGCAAGAUCGCUGAGACUAACAUCUUCGCUUCGCAGAAGGGAAUGACACCAUUCGGGUCUGUGCGUCACGGAAAAGACAUUGCAGCAGACCAGUCCGACCAGAGAGGCCAAGGUGUUCUCACCAAGGUGGCGGAGACAAAUAUCUUCGCAUCACAGAAAGGCAUGACGUCAUUUGGUUCCGUGCGACACGGGAAGGACAUCAAUGCUGACGACAUGGAUCAGAGAAGUAACGGCGUGCUAACAAAAAUCGCUGAAACUAACAUCUUUGCAUCUCAAAAAGGGAUGACGGGCUUCGGGUCCGUCCGUCACGGUGUCGAUAUCCGGGUGACCGAGCUCUGGGCAGAAGGAGCCGACGAUGAGUAUCCGACCGACGAAGAUGAGCCUAAACCGACACAGUCAGAGGCCCAGAAGCGCCGCGAAGCGCGCCAGACUGAUGUCGAGGUCACUCCCGUCAAGCAACCGUCGCCAGAGCCUGAACCGGAACCGGAAGCAGAACCAGAACCGGAGCCGGAGCCUGUUGUCGAGGAAGAAGCGCCCGCGGACGACGGUGGUGAUGAUGAAGGCGGAUUUUCCUGGUAGACCGAAACGCUUGAAAAACAGCAAUGUGGAGACUUUUACCAUCAGUGAUCAAAACUCAAAAUUUUAAACGAACGAAAAGAAGAAAACUGGAACAGCAGAAUAUCAAAUAAUGUAAAACAUAAAGUAUGCUUAAUUGGACAAUGACAUCGCGUAAGAUACAUUGAUAUGAGGCAAAGUGGAGAAUUUUUUUAUGUUUAGAUACCAUACUAAUGACGUCAGUAUUCUUGCUUUUCAUUUCUGCUUUUCAUACUUCUUUAAACUCUUUGGUAUUUAUUUUUCGAGGCUGUGUAUGUUGCCUAGGAACAAGAAAGAAAUGAAUGUAAGACUUGUAAGUCUUCGGCAUAUUGUAUUUAAAGUAUUGUUAAAUAGUGUUGAAAAUAUGGGCUAUAUACGAAAGCUACUGUUGGGCUGGCAGUAGGCAUCAAGAGGGUACAAAAGUUCGCUGGGGGCGAUUUUCAGUUGUCGAGAAUAUACUUUGAUUGUUAUAUUUAAGAUUUUCACUUUUAAAUAAAUUUUAAUUACAAGUCUGUCUUUUGACGAUUUUUGACGAUUAGUUCAUACAGGAAAAACAGUGCAUGUAUGUUAAGCAAUGGAGAACGUGUAUUUAUUCACGUAAAGAAACUAUACCCGCACGGUUAUGUUGCCAAUUCCAAGUUUCAGCCUUCAUUCGACCAUCCCCGAAUCCAUAGUCUGAAAUGUUAAUCGCGCGUAAACGAUCAGUGUUACAUACGAACGCGUUAGUUGCAGACAGCGUUGCAAUUCCAUAGUCACCUUUAUUAACAUUGAUAGCGUCAACAUUGCUUCACUUUGCUCACCAUUAUUGUUAACGUGUGUGCUGUUUUUAUCCUACCUCCACAGAUGUCCGACGAAAAGAAGAAAUUCUCCAAAAAACAGCUGCGCGCCGGAAAUGGCUUCAUCCACCAGAUGGCCGCCACUAACCAGUACGCCACUCAGAAGGGCAUGACUCCUUUUGGAGCUGUCCGUCACGGCCGCGACAUUGCCGCCGACGACGUCGACAUGCGAGGACAGGGCGUAUUGACAAAAGUCGCUGCUACUCACAUCUACGCCUCUCAAAAGGGCAUGUCUUUCGGUUCAGUACGACAUGGGAAAGAUAUCAAGGUCGAUGACAUGGAUCAAAGAAGUAACGGUGCUUUAACAAAAGUUGCAGAGACCAAUAUAUUUGCCUCCCAGAGGGGAAUGAGCGCAUUUGGAUCCGUCCGUCAUGCCGGUGACAUCAGAGUUAAACAGCUCUGGGAGGAGGGCGAAGAUGACGAGUAUCCGACGGAUGAGGAGGACACGCCGCAGGUGUCAGCCACUCAGCGACGCCGGGAGUCAAAACAGGCGGCCCAGCCCGCCGCUCCCGCAAAGCAGCCGUCACCAGAGCCGGCUUCAGCGCCAGAACCGGAACCGGAACCAGAACGGGUUGUUGAAGAGGAGUCAUCCGCCGCUGCCGACGACGACGACGAUGGUGGUUUCUCCUGGUAGAAAACACCAUGUUUCGAAAAACGCUUAAUAUUUUGUGACUUUACCGAUUAAUCGCCUUUUCAUCAUAAUUCCUCAGGAUCGAUUUUCCGUUCGUGUUAACAUGAUACUCUGUUAUCCUUGUAGAAUUUCCAUUACCAAUAUACUACGUACAAUUGUA